AAGUAGCAGCAGUGGGUCUUAACUGGACACACAACACAUGCAUGCGCAUUGUCGUGGCAUCUGAAGGUCGUACUAAAAGAAGAAAAGAAAAGGGUUUUGGAAGACACAGCGUGUUUCUCCUCCUUCCUGCUUGUGUCUUUUGUCCUUCAUGAGCUCCCUUACUUGUGACAUCAUCAGUCUGUUGAGUAAACUUUCAAGCUGGUGGAUGUCUUCGACUGACACAGAUAAAGUUGGUCCCUAAUGGUUUGAUAAGACUGAACACCGGCUUUCAGUGGUCAAGCGCACUAGGAGCUUCCUGUUAGAAGAAAAGACAUUUCAUCUGGGCGAACUGAACUGGGAAAAGUAACCUGAGUGACUUCCUUAUUUGGCAAUCCGAGUCAAUCUGUUAUUAUUGCUCCUUGGACUCCAUGCAGAAAGAAGAAUGCCCAUAACAAGUGUGCGCCUCUCUCCUCAACAGCUUUUUGAACAAAUAAGGAAGAAAAUAUCCGAAAGUAAGGUGUGAUCCCGUCCGCUUCUCUUCCAUAUCCUGAAAUACGAGUAACAGGUUCAAUUAAAAAUGAGUCACGAGGGACAAGAACAUCCGGAGACAGGACUGAAAGACGUCUUGGACAUACUAGUUAAAGCACCUCCACAGCGGCUGCUGAGCCUAACAUUCCAGCUAGGUGACUCUCCUGAAGAUAAUAUCGUACACGCCUUAUGUCUGAUUAUUCUCCAGCAGGAGGUGCGGGCCUUGGACAAACUCCAAACGCUGAAGGACAACUACUUUGCAACUCAGCUAGCUGUAAAGUUGCAGAUAAGUAAAGGCAAAUUAGAGGACUUUGCCGAGCAUUGCGGCUCUUUUCGGGAGCUUGCGGUAGGAUCUUUGGCAGCGUUGGCUCGUAUUUUUAAGGUUUUGUCAGAACAAAGGAUGUGUGAUCCAUAUUUGAGGGAUCUGGCGUACAAGAGAGCCCUUCUCGGUGACAAUCAAGCAACAGGCGGUUGUGAGAAACUGGACUAUGAUCUUCUCGCAGAGGAAGCUAAAGUUGUCUGUGGGCCUCAGUGUGCUGAGUGGGCGUGCUCCCCGAAGGAUCUCAGGUCAGGGCCUUGCCACGAUCUUGUUGGCAGCUUGGAUGCAGGCAACACAACUCUAAAAGUGACCCUGUCUCAGGAUCAGUCCGAGAGAGCGUACAGUCUGCCCAGCCCGUUGCAGGAGACCUCCUCAAUGCCUUCAUACCCUACUCACCUAGAGAUCAGUAUACCUCCGACAGCCACCUUCCUAGAUGACAAAGAAAAUCCUGAUGAAUCCAAACUGAAGACCAAACCUGCCCUCACUGACAACGAAUGGGAAGCAAAUAAUACACUUGGUUCAUCCCUCACAUCUCAGCCCGAAUCCACUCAACCUCCUCUCUCUGGUGCAAAUCAACACUCACAGGUGGAUGAAUUGGCAGCUGCAGAGGGCAGUAAGUCUCUAAAUCAACCCACAAAACCAACCGUUGCACCACCUACCUCCACCAACAUCGUUCUACCCAAGAACCCUGUGCCACAUGAAGUGGAAGAAAGUAACGAUGCCGAAGAGGAUGAAAAGGCGGACUUCUAUGACUUUGUUAUCCUGCAUGCCGAGGAGGAUGAAGUUGAGGCCGAGAGAAUAAGGGAAAAAAUGGAAGAGGUCAUUGGUAGCGAAGGUGCGACCUAUUCUGGGGACUUUGCCAUCCCCGGGAAGAGCAGUCUGAGGUGUGUGGAGGACGCCAUUUACAACUCGGCCUUCACCUUUCUGCUGCUCACCCGCAACUUCCACACGCGCAUGCUGGACACACAGACGGACUGUGCCCUAAUCAACGCCAUCAACAACCGACACAAGUACAACACGGUUAUACCUCUUCUACCGAAGGAGAACGCCAUGCCCAAAGUGAGCCUCCCCCUGGUGCUACAGACAAUAAAUCCACUAGAGGAGAACAGGACCUUUGACAGGAAAAUAAAAAAGAUAUUCACUCCAGCGAAGAUUCGAGACCAGAGGAAAAUCUGGAACGCCGAGCAGACAGCAAAGAGGGAGAUAGAGCGACAGGAGAGACGGAAGAAGUUACACCGGUCCCAACAGAAGCUGAUCAGAGAGCGCAGUGCAGCACAGUUGCCUGAUGAAGAGAACAUGAGGCUUUUGUUAGCGAGGAAAUGUCUUCUCGGACCCGGCGUGCCACCUGAACAAGGCGACGCCAUGGGUCCCUGGCAACAUCAUCCACAUAGUAUUCACAUAGAACAUGCUAAGUACAUCAUGAUUGGUAACGACUCUACAAUGACUGUGAGCGGAGCUGCAGACAAAGACGAUUCAGGGGAGGACCAAUAACCCCAAAUGAUUGUUAUGUUUGUGUGAUUGUAAAUGAGAGGAAUAGUUGUGUAGUAGUGUAUUGUCUGAACACCGUCAGAGCUGUAACAAUUGCUGUGGAGCAUUACACAUGCGGAUUGAUUCAUUGUAUUAAACCCUGUUGGUGGAGGAAAUUCAAUAAAAUGUUCAAAAUAUCA